AUGGCCGAGAGACGCUUCAAGUUCCUGCAGAAACUCGCCUUCUGGGGCCGGGGCCACCAGUACCACGCGCUGGAGAGGGACGAGGUGGAAACCCUGAUGGAUGCGCCAUGUGAGCUGAAAGCCUCCGAAAAAGAGAGGACGGUCCCAGCUCUGCCACCCAAGGAAGCAUGCAAAUGCCACAAAGAGGACUUGGCCAGAGCGUUUCACGUGGACUUGGACAACGGACUGUCGGAGUUUGCGGUGACGCAGCGCAGGCUGGUCCACGGCUGGAACGAGUUUGUGGCUGACAACGCGGAGCCUGCAUGGAAAAAGUACCUGGACCAGUUUAAGAACCCCCUGAUCCUGCUGCUGCUGGGAUCUGCCCUGGUGAGCGUCCUCACCAAAGAGUAUGAGGACGCGGUCAGCAUCGCCAUGGCUGUGCUCAUUGUGGUCACUGUGGCCUUCAUCCAGGAGUAUAGGUCAGAGAAGUCUCUGGAGGAACUCACCAAGCUGGUUCCCCCAGAAUGUAACUGCGUCCGGGACGGGAAGCUGCAGCAUCUGCUCGCCCGAGAACUGGUUCCCGGGGACGUCGUGUCCCUCUCCGUCGGAGACCGGAUCCCCGCCGACAUCCGCCUCACCGAGGUCACAGACCUCCUGGUGGACGAAUCCAGCUUUACUGGGGAGGCCGAGCCAUGCAGCAAGACGGACACCCCCUUGGCAGGCGGGGAGGACCUGAGCUCGCUGACCAACAUCGUCUUCAUGGGCACCCUGGUGCAGUGUGGGAAGGGCCAGGGGGUCGUGAUCGGAACAGGGGAAAAGUCUCAGUUCGGCGAAGUGUUUAGGAUGAUGCAGGCGGAAGAGACACCUAAAACCCCUUUGCAGAAGAGCAUGGACAAGCUGGGGAAGCAGCUGACGCUCUUCUCCUUCGGCAUCAUUGGUCUGCUCCUGCUCCUCGGCUGGCUGCGAGGCAAACCGGUGCUCGGCAUGUUCACCAUCGGGGUCAGCCUGGCCGUGGCAGCCAUUCCAGAGGGUCUGCCCAUCGUUGUCAUGGUGACGCUGGUCCUGGGAGUGCUCCGGAUGGCCAAGAAGCGGGUCAUUGUGAGGAAGCUGCCCAUCGUGGAGACGCUGGGCUGCUGCAACGUCAUCUGUUCUGAUAAGACGGGGACCUUGACAGCCAAUGAAAUGACAGUGACCCAGCUCGUCACGUCCGAUGGGCUCCACGCCGAGGUCAGCGGAGUCGGGUAUAACGGCAAAGGGACCGUGUGUCUUCUACCGUCCAAGGAGGUCAUCAAGGAGUUCUCCAACGUCUCCGUGGGGAAGCUGGUGGAGGCAGGCUGUGUCGCCAACAACGCUGACAUCAGGAAGAACACGGUGGUGGGCCAGCCCACAGAGGGCGCCUUGAUCGCGCUGGCCAUGAAGAUGGACUUGAGUGACAUUAAAGAUUCCUACAUAAGAAGAAAGGAGAUCCCCUUCAGUUCAGAGCAGAAGUGGAUGGCGGUGAGGUGCAGCCGCAAGAACGAGGACGGGGACGACGUCUACUUCAUGAAGGGGGCCUUCGAGGAGGUGAUGCGCUCCUGCACCACGUACAACAGCGGGGGCCUCCCGCUGCCCCUGACGCCCCAGCAGCGCGCCUUCUGCCUGCAGGAAGAGAAGAGGAUGGGGUCGCUGGGCCUGCGGGUGCUGGCCCUGGCCUCUGGGCCCGAGCUUGGGAGGCUGACGUUUCUGGGUCUCGUGGGCAUCAUUGACCCCCCGCGGGCUGGUGUGAAGGAAGCCGUUGAGGUGCUCUCGGAGUCCGGGGUGUCCGUGAAGAUGAUCACAGGAGACGCCCUGGAGACGGCCCUGGCGAUCGGAAGAAGCAUCGGCCUGUGCAACGGGAAGCUGAGAGCCAUGUCUGGGGAGGAGGUGGCGGGCACAGAGCAGCGUGCGCUGGCGGCCUGCGUCGGGCAGGUGUCCGUGUUCUUCAGGACCAGCCCCCAGCACAAGCUCAAGAUCAUAAAGGCUCUGCAGGAGUCGGGGGCAAUUGUGGCCAUGACGGGGGACGGUGUGAACGACGCGGUGGCCCUCAAGUCUGCAGACAUUGGCAUCGCUAUGGGGCAGACGGGGACUGACGUCAGCAAAGAGGCCGCCACCAUGAUCCUGGUGGAUGACAACUUCUCCACCAUCAUGAGCGCCGUGGAGGAAGGCAAGGCCAUCUUCCACAACAUCAAGAACUUCGUCCGGUUCCAGCUGAGCACGAGCAUCUCGGCCCUGAGCCUGCUCACCCUCUCCACCGUGUUCAACCUGCCCAGUCCCCUCAACGCCAUGCAGAUCCUGUGGGUCAACAUCAUCAUGGACGGGCCACCCGCACAGAGCUUGGGGGUAGAGCCCGUGGACAGGGACAUGCUGAGGCAGCCCCCACGGAACGUCAGGGACACAAUCCUGAGCCGAUCCCUCAUCCUGAAGACCCUCCUGUCCGCUGCCACCAUCAUCAGCGGGACCCUCUUCGUCUUCUGGAAAGAGAUCCCGGACGACGGGGCCAGCACCCCGCGCACCACCACCAUGACCUUCACGUGCUUCGUGUUUUUCGACCUCUUCAACGCCCUGACCUGCCGCUCCCAGACCAAGCUGAUUCUGGAGAUCGGCUUCCUCAGGAACCGCAUGUUCCUCUACUCGGUCCUCGGGUCCCUCCUGGGGCAGCUGGCCGUGAUCUACGUCCCGCCCCUGCAGAGGGUCUUCCAGACGGAGAACCUGGGAGCGCUGGACCUGCUGUUCCUGACGGGCCUGGCCUCGUCCGUCUUCCUUCUGUCGGAGCUCGCCAAGCUCUGGGAGAGGUGCUGCUCCCCAGCCAGGAGAGCCGGGGCGCACCGAGACGACCUGUGA